UUACAGUACAUAGUAAAUUUAAUAUUACUAUGAUUAGUGAUGACCAAAUUUCUCCUGUAUCCCAUGUGAGAUGGGUAGAGGAGGGCUUCUCAAAUUUCCUUAACAUGCAAAAAUUUUUACUCAAUCUUUGUAAAAUGGUUUCACAGUUUACUACAGGGUUACCAUCCGUUAUUAUAAUAAUUACACAUGAGAUAGAACUAUUGUGGAAAAGUGGCCAAAAUAUUUUCAGCAAUUUAAUAUUAAACAUCAAUGCCGAAAUACUUACGGAG